GAGAGGGGCUUCUACAGCUGGGCGCCCCGGGCGGGCGGGGCUCGGGAGUCUCCUCCCUCCGCUUCUUUGUUCAGUCGCGAGACUCUCCCUCCCCUCCCCCCUAUUGUGCAACGCCCCAUCCCCGGGACCCGCUGCAGUCGCUGGCCACACUGCAGUCCCCUGGGCAGAAGGCCCUCCCCGGCGCGACUUCAGGUGGGGCAGACCGAGGGGACGCCGGCGCCCGCGGACAGUUUCCUGUUUGUGAAACGCCAAGGGCUGGCCGGUCUUACCCAGCGCUGGCCGGCGGACCUGACCACGGCUCCUCCCCCUGCCACACCUCCGUGGCCGUGGUGGGGAUUGCCCUGGGGCUCUGGCGGACGUGACUGGUCCCUUCACCCGCUCCUUGUCGGGGUGUGCUAGGGCGAUCCUUGCUGGAGAUGAAGGAUUUGGGGGCAGAGCACUUGGCAGGUCAUGAAGGGGUCCACCUCCUCGGAUUGUUGAACCUCUACCUGGAACAAGAAGAGAGAUUCCAACCUCGAGAAAAAGGGCUGAGUUUGAUUGAGGCUACCCCGGAGAAUGAUAACACUUUGUGUCCAGGAUUGAGAAAUGCCAAAGUUGAAGAUUUAAGGAGUUUAGCCAACUUCUUUGGAUCUUGCACUGAAACUUUUGUCUUGGCUGUCAAUAUUUUGGACAGGUUCUUGGCUCUUAUGAAGGUGAAACCUAAACAUUUGUCUUGCAUUGGAGUCUGUUCUUUUUUGCUGGCUGCUAGAAUAGUUGAAGAAGACUGCAAUAUUCCAUCCAUUCAUGAUGUGAUCCGGAUUAGUCAAUGUAAAUGUACUGCUUCUGACAUAAAACGGAUGGAAAAAAUAAUUUCAGAAAAAUUGCACUAUGAAUUGGAAGCUACUACUGCCUUAAACUUUUUGCACUUAUACCAUACUAUUAUACUUUGUCAUACUUCAGAAAGGAAAGAAAUACUGAGCCUUGAUAAACUAGAAGCUCAGCUGAAAGCUUGCAACUGCCGACUUGUCUUUUCAAAAGCAAAACCAUCUGUAUUAGCCUUGUGCCUUCUCAAUUUGGAAGUGGAAACUUUGAAAUCUGUUGAAUUACUGGAAAUUCUCUUGCUAGUUAAAAAACAUUCCAAGAUUAAUGACACCGAGUUCUUUUACUGGAGAGAGUUGGUUUCUAAAUGCCUAGCCGAGUAUUCUUCUCCUGAAUGUUGCAAACCAGAUCUUAAGAAGUUGGUUUGGAUCGUUUCAAGGCGCACAGCCCAGAACCUCCACAACAGCUACUAUAGCGUUCCUGAGCUGCCAACGAUACCUGAGGGGGGUUGUUUUGAUGAAAGUGAAAGUGAGGACUCUUGUGAAGAUAUGAGUUGUGGAGAGGAGAGUCUUAGCAGCUCUCCUCCCGGUGAUCAAGAGUGCACCUUCUUUUUCAACUUCAAAGUGGCACAAACACUGUGCUUUCCAUCUUAGAAAUCUGAUUGUUCUGUCAGAAUUUAUAUGUACAGGUUUCAAAGCAAUAAAUGGGGGAAUAGGUAGUUUUCUGGUUUAGCCCCCAUCUAGUCAGGAAUUAAAUAUACUGGAAUACCUACCUUCUAUUUGUUAUUCAGAUCAGAUCUGGCCUAUUUUCAUAUUUAUCCUAAGCCAUCAAAUGGGGUAGUGCCUCUUAAACCAUUAACAGUACUUUAGACAUUGGCACUUUAUUUUUCUCAUUGAUCUUUAGCUACUUUGGGGAGGAGGGAAGGUGCUGAUACCUUCAAUUUGUUACUUUUCAAGAUUUUUAAAAAUAACUAGUGUAGCGUAUCUUAAACAUUUUAUAAAACCUUCAGAUGUCUUUAUUUAAGCAGAUUGGAAGUAUGCAAGUGCUUCCUUAGCAGGGACAGUGGAUAAUCCUUAAUGGUUUAUCACAGAUUUCCCCCUCUCCCCUUCUCAGAAGAGUGAAUAUGCUCUUAAAUGUCAAACACAUUUUUGUUUUGUUUUUUAAAUGAUCAGUGUCUAUUUGAUGUGAUGCAGAUCUUAUAAAUUUGGGAAUUAUAAUAUUGACAUUUCUGUGAUUUUUAUAGUAUGUAAUGUCUUAAUUGAGAUUUCUGCUAAGGCAGAAAUAAUUAGGCUAGGGCUCUUAGUUUCAUUCCUAUUGCCCAAGUAUUGUCAAACUAUGGUAUUAUUUUAAUAUUACUUUAAAAAUCCAUAAUCUGCUAGUUUUGCAUGUACUUGUAUGAAAACAGUGCAGUAAGUUGAAAACUCAGUAUCUAUGGAAUUGAUAAAUGUUGAUCUGGUAGUAUAUUUUAUCUCAUUUUCUUAUAUUAAAAAAUGUCUGCAUGAUUACGUUUUAUUUCCUUUGUAAUUUACAUUUCAAAAUAAUGUAUUGCUAUAUGGGUGCCAAGAUUGAAUAUGAAGAACCCGAGUGUUUGUAGUAUUAUGGUUUUAAGCAAAUCUGUGUGGUGAUACAGCCAUAAGAAUGGGGCUUAUAUAAACUCUGUACAUGUAAGAUUUUGUACAGAGAAUUUUUAACUUUAUAAAUUGUAUAUGAACAUGUAAAUCUUUUAAAAUGUACAUAAAAUACUGUAUUUUUUUACCUUGUGUGUGAUAGUCUAGUCAUUGCAUGUAAAUAUAAUUUAUUGUGUAUUCUGUAGUAUAAAUCAUACAUUGAUGACUUACAUUUUUACUGGUAACUCAACAUCCGUUGGAUGUUUCCUGAAGUGGCUCUUUUUGAAGUGAUAAUAGAUUGUAAUUCAAAAUAAAUUAAUGAAUUCUC